AUGAAGUUUACUCUCGGUGUCGGCGCCUGUUUGGUCGCACUCGCAGCGGCUUCUCCUACCGCGAGGGGUUCGAAAAAGUCACCAUUAUCGCUUGUGAUACAUAACGAUGGAACGAAUGGUACCUUUUCGUCCACUAUUGCGAGUGACAAGAUCUCUAUGCAUGUUGGUCAGCAAUAUGGUACAAAGUUGAUGUAUAAGGGCGAAGACCUGGUAAAGAAUGCCACAGGAGCUUAUGCAAGUUAUGCCGGCCGCUACUUUGACCUCAACUAUACGUCUGCCGCAAUCUACUCCGAGACCCAGGACAUGCUUGACAUUGGUUUCACCGCCAAAGAAGGUGUUGUCCACUUCGUUCUAAAAACCGGUCUUGAUGGCUUCUACUCCUACUUCGUCAAUAAAGCUCUCGGCGUGCAAGGGGAGUUCAGAACCCUCUACCGCCUCGACCCCGGGCUGUUUCCAAAUGGCCGGACGUAUCUCAAGGACGAGCCAUUGCCUCUAUUUUCAGAUAUCUUGAGCGGAACUAAUGUUCAAGACGAAACCUGGCAGCGUCCCGACGGCACCUAUAUCACCAAAUAUGACUGGUCGCUUUUCAUGCGUGAAAGCGACUUUUACGGCGUGUAUGGGGAUAAGUUUGGUUGCUGGCUUAUCAACCCUGGGAAGGAUUACUAUAAUGGUGAUCAAUUGAAGCAGGAAUUGAGCUUGCAUAGAGAGAGUCAGACGAAUGAUACUGUAUUGCUCAAUAUGCUCCACGGGACACAUUUUCAGGCAGCUUUCAGUAAUGUAAUCCCAGACGGGAAGGUUUUUGGGCCUUGGCUUGUCUACCUCAAUGACGGCUCGGUCAAGGACGCCGUGAAGCGUAAUAAAGCUGAAGAAAAGGCAUGGCCCUAUGAGUGGUUCACCGACUCCCUCUACCAGUCACGUGGUUCUAUCUCCGGAAAGCUCAUGCUUGACACCGGGAAGCCCGCUGCCGGUGCUGCCAUCUUUCUUGGUGAGCCGGGAAGAACUAUCGCGCAGGGCACUACCUUCCAAUAUACCACCUACGCAGACAGUAAGGGUAACUUCAAGAUCGAGGAUGUACGCACUGAACAGCCGUGGACGAUUCAGGCCUGGUCAAACGGCGGUGAAAUCGGAGGCGUGACUACUAUUUUCCAGGCAGGAAAUUACACACUCACGGAGGGGAAGAACCUUGAUGUCGGGAAGUUGACAUGGAAGACUCAGGGGAGAACAGAUAUAUGGCAGAUCGGAGAUUAUGACAGGAAGAGUCUUGGUUUUGCAUACGGAGGUGCUCCGUAUACUCAUGGCCUUGUCGAUAACUGUCCAGCGAAUCUUACGUACACCAUCGGCACCAACUCGGCCAAAGAUUGGUGCUUUGGAAAGAGUUCAAAGGGAACCUGGUCUGUUGUCUUUGACAUUGAAUCUCUUCCGAGUGGUAACUCGUCUGCUGUGCUUUCGCUUUCUAUCGCAGGGUUCUCGGGGUCUGGAACUGCUAUUGGUGGUUCAGGGUCUGCGCUUGAGAUUGUUUUGAAUGGAAAUGCAUUGAGCAACCAUGCCACACCCAUUGCGAGUGAUCCAUCGCUCUACAGAUCUGGAACUACAGCGGGAGAGUGGCAUUACUACGAGUUCGUUGUGCCAAGGUCGUGGUUAGUGGCUGGGACGAACAAGCUGGAUUUGACUACAAAUAAGACAGCUACUAGGUGGAGGGGUAUUAUGUGGGAUAUGGUGAAGAUGGAGUGGAGUUAG